AUGACAAUAUAUCGAGGAAUAUAUAUUCCUGUAAGUGGUCCUCCAGAAGUGAAAAGAAUUAAUACCACUAAUGAAGAAAUCUGUCGCCUACUAGAAUAUAUCAAUACGACUCGUCUUAUAUAUCAACGAAUGGGACAGGAUGAUUUACCACCAAUUCGAGGGCCUGUUAUAUUAGUUGACGAUUACAGAAAAUUAUCUCUCAAAGAUCUUUGUAAAUUAUUAAAAAUACCCUAUAAUAAGGAGUGGAUUGAAAAUGCCAGUAGGAAAAUGUUAGAAGAUGUACAGAGCAAAAAAUCUCCCUAUAUCAAAGCUCCUACUUGCAAAAUUCAUCUUAUUCGUUCCUUAUCGACUAAACAAUUACCAUAA